AUGAUAGAGAUCCUAAUAACAUUAGUUCCAUCUUUGGUAUGGCUAUUCUAUCGGUUCUAUUUGAUCCUCUGUACGCCAGUAGAGAGACUCAUUGAGGACCUUAAUAUAGAGAUCCCUCAUACACCAAAUAUAUGUAUCGAUUCAAUUAGUUCAAAUUCAGUCGUGAUACAUUGGGAUAUUGAAGUUAAGAAUGAUGAGAACUUGUAUUAUGUCGUGGUAGUUAAUGGUACAGAAGUGGCUACUUUAACUUGCACGUCUUGUAAAUUGAAUAAUUUGGAGAAGGGAAUCUAUGAGAUAUUUGUGAUUGCUAUUAAUUCAAUAACUAGUUUCAGGUCACAAUCUAAGAGUGUCUAUGUCGAAAUGGUUGAUGGAGUUGGAUUUAUAGAUGAUGGGAAGUUGGAAGAUGUCGUUGAAGAAAAGGCUUUGGAUAUAAGUGCUUCAAGUGGAAGUGGUGCCGCUGGAGGUGAUGAAGAUGGAUUAGAAAGUAUCACUAUUGAUCAAAUCAAGAGUAUCGAUCUGGCAGAUUUAUUAAAUGACUAUUUGAUGAAGUUUCAAAACGAUUUGAUUAGAGUUAAUUUGGAGUAUAAGCAAUUUCAAAAUAAUCUGGUAAAAGAUCAAGAAAAUUUACAACAAGAAUUAAAUUUUUAUAAAAGUGAAUUUGAAGAAGAGACGGAUAAUAAAGUCAAGAAAGAUAAUGAUGUUAAGUCAUUGGAAAGAUCAAAGGAUGUGUUAGUUUUCCGGAAAUCCAAGUUAAUUAGUCAGUUAAACUUAUUAAAAAAUUCAAUUAAUUUAUACAAUACUAAAAUCAAAGAGAAUGAAGCAAAGAUUAAGAAAUUACAAGAAAGAAAUGCCCAAGCAUUGAAUAAUGAAUCUCAAGAAGUUUCCAAGAUAAAUGAAAAAAUUACUAAAGUCAAACAAUCAAUUGAAAAGACCAAGGUCGACUAUGAGUCGGUAGAAGAAAAUUUACGUAAUCUAUAUGCAGAAAGAAAAGACUUGAUUUCGUUAUUAAAUCAAGUCAAGCCAUUGAUUGAAGUAUUUAAUCAAACAAGUGCAGCAUCUCCACCAAUCAGCGAUACAUCUUCGCCAAGUCCUGGGCCAGCCCCUCCAAGUUCUUCAGGAACGUCAAAUACACCUCCUUCUACUGGCACACCCGUAUCUAUUUUUAACAAGGAUGGAUCUAUAACCAAGCCAGCUUUCGAAGCAUUGGUUAAAAUAUUUCAGAUUAUGCCAAAUUGGCAAGAUGAGAUUAUGAAUGAAAUCAACAAUUAUCAAGAAUUUGAAACAAAAUGGCGCGAAGCAUUCAAGAAUGAAAUCCAAAAUUAUGUAACAGUUCAUCACGCAUUAGAAAUGAUCAAACAUAACAGGGAUCCAAAUUAUCAACCAGCAAAGAUGAAUGACUAUAUGGCGUCAAUUGAUUUUGGUGGAUAUAGUAAUGCGUUGCCAAAACCACCUAAAUAUAGGAGAAAUUUUAGUCCAAGUGUUUCCUCAUUUGACGAGACUACUCAUAAGAACUAUUAUUAUAAUCAUUAUAAUCAGGUUUAUGGAAAUGAAAAUGAUAUGAAUGCGUUGCAACCUCCGCUUGCAGCUCAGCAGCAACCACAGCAAUCAUCUCCAUUGUUUCAAAAUCCACAAAUUGUUGUCCCACAAUCGGCUCCUCAACCAACUGUUUUAACAACGGAUUAUAUGCCUACUCAGUAUCAACAACCACAACAGCAGUACAUCAGUUUAGAUCAAAUUAAUGCACAAGCACAUGCGCUUGAUUUAGGUAAUGCCAGUAUUGAUGCGAAUUUAUUUAGUGGAUCCAGUAAUCCAACUUUUGAAUCCAAUCCAUAUGGUAAUCCGGCUACAUUACAAGGAUUUCCUUAUGAUGAUCAGAUUUACACUACUAGUAUUACAUCGCCAAUUCCUAAUCAUAACACCACAAACACCCAGAAUUUAUUAUCUUACGGAGAUUAUAAUUCAUUGUUGUAUCAAUAUAAUUCUCCAAAAUUGACGCAUACUGCACUCAGUGGAGAAAUGUGGAAGUCCACACCAGGGGCAGGGGCCGCAACUGUUACGAAUCCUGCUGCUGGUGGAUAUACUGAUUUACUAGGUAGUGCAAAUAAUCCCCAAAGUAGUUUCUUAAUGACUCCUUCAACAUCAUCUAAAAUCUGGAUAGAUGAUGGAGUUGGUGGAAGUGCAGGAGGUACUGGUCAUAAUAGAACUGUUUCUAGUGGGUCACAACUUUGGAGAAAUGAUUUAUUGAAUACUCCAAAUACAAAUAUUCCGAUUGUUAAUGUUACACCUGGUGCUCCUACAAAUACUACUACUGGUGCACCACCACCACCUACUGAGUUCCAACCAUUUGGUAGUUCUCCUAUUCAAUUGGGUGGAACAAAUACUGGUGGUGCUAAUAGUAGUUUCUUUGGUCCUGUCUUGUCUAACAAAGAGGAUGAGAAUAAGCAUAAGUUGUAUUGA